AUGGUCGAAUGUCCAAUUUGUUCAAAACCUGUCAAGUCGGCAAAUAUUAACCAGCAUAUCGAUUCAGAAUGCCAAGCUUUCAUUGAGGGUCUCUCUCCCGAGCCUGGUCAAGAGGAUGGCGGAUUACCAGUGUCAUCCUUCUUCCAGAGACCCGCAGCAAGUCGAGCAGCAGUCAAUGGAGUGGGGAAAGUAGAUGCACCUAUCUCUGCUGACACGUCGCGAUCGCCUACUAGGAAGACAAAUAAUGAGAAUGCAGUUCGAAACAAGAGACCUGUGGGAUCCGUCAUACCAUCGCACAUUUCAGACGUCAAUCCUGUCGAUGCUGUUGGAGGAGGUCUUGCUCCUAAAAGACAGAAGGCUAGCAACCCCUUUCAAAACGAACUCCCUCUCGCCGCACGAAUGAGGCCACAAACCCUCGACGAAAUCUGUGGCCAAGAGCUAGUUGGUCCAAAAGGUGUGCUUCGAGAACUAAUCAUGGAAGCCCGAAUACCGUCAAUGAUAUUGUGGGGUGGUCCUGGAACUGGCAAAACAACGAUUGCAAGAGUGAUCGCUUCAAUGGUCAACAGCCGGUUCAUAGAAAUCAACAGCACAAAUUUUGGGGUAGGAGAGUGUAAAAAGAUCUUUUUUGAGGCUAGGAGCGAGCAGAAGUUGACACGCCGAAAUACAAUCAUAUUUUGUGACGAGAUUCACCGCUUUUCAAAGUCACAGCAAGAAAUAUUCUUGGGGCCUGUUGAGUCAGGAUUGAUAACAUUGAUCGGCGCAACGACCGAAAACCCGUCUUUCAAGAUUCAGAGUACAUUGCUGUCACGAUGCCGCACUUUCACCCUCCAAACUCUGACCGUUAGCGAUAUCGAGAAUAUACUUGAGCGAGCCCUCGAACUCGAAUAUCCAAAUCAUUCUCGACCGCCUAUUCUUGACCCUGAAAUGAUAGCCUAUCUUUCCGCCUUUGCUGCAGGUGACGCCCGUACUGCGCUGAAUCUUCUUGAGCUCGCCAUGAGCCUUUCGACACGCACAGACAUUACAAAAGAAACCAUCAAGAAGUCGAUGACGCAAACGCUUGUUUAUGAUCGUGUAGGGGGCAGUCGCUUUGACACAAUGUCCGCCUUUCACAAGUCUGUUCGAGGCAGCAAUCCAGAUGCUGCUCUGUACUACCUGGCACGCAUGUUUGAGUCUGGCGAAGAUCCUUUAUGGAUAGCCCGUCAUAUCAUCCUAAUUGCCUCUGAUGAUAUUGGAAUAGCUGAUAAUAGUUUGCUAUCUCUUGCCACUGCUGCUUAUUCUGCCGUAGAAAAGAUCGGUAUGCCAGAAUGCCGAAUAAGCCUCGCGCAUGCUACGGUUGCUUUGGCCAGGGCUAAAAAGAGCAUGAGCGUGUUUCUUGGCCUGGCCAGCGCUCUAACGGCUCUAAAAGAGCCUGGGGUCUCUGCUCUGCCAGUGCCAAUGCAUCUCAGGAACGUGCCGGCAGAAAUGAUAGAUAUGGAACAUAGGGAGAACUCCAACUCUGGCCCUGGGCAGGAGUAUCUACCUGAUGUUCUUAAAGGCAGGAAAUUCUUUAAAGAAUGA